UGAUAAAAAUGAAUGUUUUCAUCUAUUUUUUAACACAAAACGUGAAUAAUGCUUGUAAAACUAUCUCCAGCCAAAUAACCAUCCAGUGGCAUGCAAGCGAUUACGUUUAUGGUCACGGACAAGAAGCCGACGUUAUAAAGCUCAGAAGUGUUCAGUGCCACGUAUGUAUAGACUGAGGAUGAAGCUUAUUGAGCUUAUUGUCGUUUUUUCUCUGUUGUUACCUUUGUCUGGAAGUCUAAAAUUGGUGGAUUUAUCCUACGAGCUUGACAGUGGAAGUGUUACAUGGCCAAAUAAUCCAAAGUUCAAUAUGACUGUCCUGCACAGGGGAGAGUUCUCCAAUGCAUGGUUUGAAAACAACCGACUCAAUUUUGCAGAACAUACAGGCACGCACAUAGACGCACCAACUCAUUUAGCACAUAGAGACGGACAGUGGAAUCUUGACCAGAUCCCUAUCGAACGUCUUGGUGGUCCAGGAGUGAUAAUCGACGUGAAAUCCAAGGCCGAGGCCGACAGUGAUUAUCGAGUCACUGUUGAUGAUCUGAAGGCAUGGGAGGCACGUAACGGUAGAAUACCUUACGGAGCUGUUGUUCUAAUGAACUCUGGUUGGCAGAAAUACUAUCCUGAUUAUAAUGCAGUUUUCAAAACAGACAAUAUCUCUGAUUCAAGCACCUACCAUUUUCCUAGCUGGCACGAGGACGCAGUUGAUUGGCUGAUAUCAAAUCGCGUGGUGUAUUAUGUCGGUGUUGACACGCCCUCAACUGAUUACGGCCAAUCACAAACAUAUCCUGUUCAUCUUCUUCUGAGCAAGGAAAACAUCAUUGGUUUGGAGAGCGUAGCCAAUCUUGACAGGAUACCAGAGGUUGGAACGACUAUCUAUGUUCCUGUGAUGAAGGUCAGAGAUGGAAGCGGUGGUCCGGCCAGGAUGUUCGCCACAUUGCCGGAUGACGAUGAUAAGGACGAAGCUAACAAGGCUGGGAUGAUUUUUGUUUCACCGAUGAUCCUACUUUGCCUAUCGAUGUUGAUCGCAGCACUAAAUUUCUGAUUAACCACAUUUUGUACAUCUUCAGGUCACGGUAUGGUACGAGUUCAUUCAUCGUGCAAUAACAGUCAUACUCAUCUGUAAAGGAACUUUGAACUCAACAUCAUAACAUGCAUGAGAAAUAACAUUACAGUACUUAAUGAAAAAGCAUCAAAAAUGACUGCUUUCGUAGAAUUUUGUCAUCCAAUUAAACUUCCUUCGGUUUGUUCUUAGUACUGUGAUAAAAAAAGAUAUAUUAGUUUGCUUUUGUUUGAUAUGAGAUUUUGUGAAACUUUUCCUGAUAUUUGUAUUUUGUUCUUUAAAGAUGCUACACCUCCGACCAAGUGUAAUAAAUUGUUAUUAUUUUGACAAUAAAUGACAUUUAGUUUAUAUAUGUAUGCCUAUUUAAGACAUACAAAUAAAAAAAUCCAAUUUUAUAACGUCAAAUAUUGUCGGAAUGAAGCCAAGAAGAUUCGAACUUUUGAACAUUUUUUUAAUCAGCUGGGGCAGCUACAUGUAUAUAUAUUGCCUGUUGCCUAACUUAAUUAAUUGCGAAAUUUUAAUGCAAAUAGCAAAUAAAUUAAUAUUUCAAUAUUAUCCGUUGGGAAAAACCACGACCAUGUGUAUGUUGUACGUCGCCCACGAACGGAAACGCUUUCUUAGCUUUACCCCUUCGGCUUCGGCCCAAUUCGCUGGAUUGAUACAGGCGUGAUUUAUCAACUUGUUUAAGCUGAUGAACUAUCAAUAGUGAAUAUGUAAUCACUACAUAUCACAAAAUCGCAUCAUAUGCCUAGAGUUGUCAGUAAAUAUGACAACAGACCGAACGUUACACUGCGUACGUGUGUGCGUUACACACUUGCAUCUCCAAAAAAAAUCAACUGUGUCAUUUCCGCAUGAGUUCCGAUUCCAUUGUCGUUUAUAAUUCCACCGGUCUGUGCAGUCUCCGAUUGAAAUCCUUCCCUUUCUUCUUUCUCUUUUCAUAAUUUGAUUUAUGCUUCCUUCUUUCUGGAGAUGUUAGGCUAGCACAUGUUGCCUUCCUCGCCUCGCCAUGUGGUUCCUACUUUCUAUUUUCAGCGCAUGCGUAAUCAGCAUUUCAUUCAAUAUGGAGGCGGAGCGAAAUGGAAUUUCUUCGGGACGCAAUUAAUUAUUUAAUUUGUUUAAAUUUUAAAGAUAAAUAAGGAGAUGAAACUUUCCGAGAGUGGUAAUAAUGUCAAGUGUGUAACUUUUAUUCCUGAAGAAAAAUACAUACGAGUCUAUUCGUGUUUUUAAUUGAUAAAAAAUACUAUCUGUCGAAGGUGCAGCACCUUUAAGGCUCGCAAAGAAAAAAAAAAAAAAAAAAAAAAAAAAGAAAAAA